AGCUCCACAUAUAUAAGAUGCAAUUUGAACCAGUAAUAUCAUCUUCAAUAGGUUUUAUCUUCCCCUGUAGAUAGAAAUUGGUGCAUUUGAGUCAUUAUUCUGACAGAGAAAUGGCAUCAGUAGUAUCACUGUUGUCAAACUCGGCAAUGGUAAGUGGCAGAGACCAAGUGUAUGUAGCAGCAAUGCCUCUAAGGGCUGCAAAGGGACCACCCCAGUUGCUCAUGUCUGCUGCUUACACCCUCAAUAUCUGGGAUUUGCAGCAUUUCAUGGUCAUCAUCAAACCCUGCAGCUCACCUUCUCAGGUUCUGGUUUAUGAUUUUCAACCAAUAGAUCCUGAAGAUAUAUAUGUGGCACUAGCAGUUCUAAGUGGUAGGGCAGUGCCAGGAGCUGUUCUCGUGAGGAAGUUAAAAAAGUUGCCACGACGAAAAUGCUGGCUAGUUGGAUAUGCAAACUCAAAUGCUGUGGAAAUUGCAAGUGAAUACAACAAGAUAUGGGAAACAAAUUUGAGGAUUGGUCUUAAUGAUUGUCGCAAUUACACCAAUGGUUUGGUCAGGCAACUCACAGGCGAAAGUGAUGUGCUGAAGCGUUUGAGAAACCUCGGUAGUUAGAGGUAAUCCAUUGACUUGCUCGAUGAUCAUGUUAUUGAAUUACUUUCCCUUGUAUCAUGCUUUGUUUUUAUGGCCUCUGAAAGUAUUUUCUGUUGCUGUGUUAUGCACCAUUAAAGGUGAUAUAGAACUGUUAUGAAAGAUUUGUUUCUCUUGUUAG